CCGCGGAGUGUCCUUCCUUUCCCUACAGCACCUGGUUGUGGCUGCCGAAGCGGGGGACCGGCGACCCCGGCCCAGAGUAACCCCGUCUCUCUGGUCUCCCCGUUUCCCUCGCAGCCCCCGACCGGAGACCAUGUCUUCAUCGGCCAGCCGUCGAGUGGCGCUGGUAACCGGGGGCAACAAGGGCAUCGGCUUGGCCGUCGUGCGGGCGCUGGGGCACCAGUUCUCCGGGACGGUGAUCCUCGCCGCCCGGGACCCCGGCCGGGGCCAGGCCGCCGUGCGGGCGCUGCAGGAGGAGGGCCUCAGCCCGCUCUUCCACCAGCUGGACAUCACCGACCCGCGCAGCAUCCGCACCCUCGGGGACUACCUCCGGGACACCUUCGGGGGCCUGGACGUGCUGGUCAACAACGCGGGCAUCGCCUUCAAAGUGAACGACAAGACUCCCUUCGGCAUUCAGGCGGAGGUGACGAUGAAAACCAACUUCUUUGGCACGAAGGAUGUCUGCAGUGCGCUCCUGCCACUGAUGAAGCCCCAAGGCCGCGUGGUGAACGUGUCGAGCAUAGUGAGCGUCAGGGCCCUGGGGAAGUGCAGCCCGGAGCUCCAGCAGGCCUUCCGCAGCGAGACCAUCACGGAGGAGGAGCUGGAGGGGCUCAUGAGGAAGUUCGUGGAGGACGCCAAGAACGGGGUGCACGAGCAGCGGGGCUGGCCCAACACCGCUUACGGGGUGACCAAGAUCGGCGUCACGGUCCUGUCCCGGAUCCAGGCCCGCAGGCUGGCGCGGGAGAGGGAAGGGGACGGGAUCCUGCUGAACGCCUGCUGCCCGGGCUGGGUCCGAACCGACAUGGCGGGGCCCGACGCUUCCAAGAGCCCGGAGGAAGGGGCCGAGACCCCGACGUACCUGGCCCUUCUGCCCGCCGGCGCCACCGAGCCCCACGGGCAGUUCGUCAGCGAGAAGGCGGUUCAACCCUGGUGACCCGACUCGGGGUCCCCGUCGCUUCCCUGAAUCCGCGAGAUUCCCUGUUCCCGGGGCCGGUAGGAGCCCAGAGCACGCGGCAGAUCCGUAGCGCCGUUCCGCCGCCCGCUUCCUAGAGUUCCCUCUCGCUGUCGGCUGACGCGGGGACGAUAUUCGGCCGGCUGAAAUAAAAGAAGCUGGAGAAACUGC